CCGGUGGAGCCAGUCACAGCCCGGGGUCUAAACUUGGAUAGGGAGGGUCUUCAGUCAGCUGUCGUGUACCGCCGAGCACUUUCUGGACUUUGUAGACCGGUAAAUCACAUAUAAACCAGUGGAAAGAACACUUGCAUCGUCAGUAAACUUCUAGAACUUCUACAUGAGCACAGUGUUAUGCGCGAACUUAGGUGCGUAAUAACGCGCCUGGUGACUUGAGGCAAGUUUAUUGAAACGGAAUUAGUUUUGCGCUCGUUUUAAUAAUUAAUUAUAUUCGGAAUUCUGACAGGAACGCGACUUUUUGAACAAGAAAAGUUAUCUAAGUUAAGUUUUUUCAAGUUUCACCAUGGCAGAAGGGGAUUAUUACACUAUGGGCAACAGACAGAGGAUUCCACGGGAUCCGUUCCGGGAACAGUCGCUCGCAUCUCGAUUUAUGGACGAUGACUUUGGAUUGCCACCUUUUCACGACGAGUUAUCUAUGGACUGGCCCGGCUGGGCACGACCUCGACUGAGCACCCGCCUUGACGCACCGUGGACGGGCUCCUUGCGCACGGGCUUCCCGCGAUCAAGCAUGGGCUCGCCGCAGGGCUACAGCUCCAGGUACAGCGAGAGCCCGCGCCGAUCCAGCGCUCCCCCCACCAACCCUGAUGAGCCGUGGAAAGUGUGCGUGAACGUGCACAGCUUCAAACCUGAGGAGCUUAAUGUCAAAACUAAAGACGGUUUUGUAGAGGUGUCAGGGAAGCAUGAGGAAAAGCAAGACGAGGGCGGAAUUGUUACCAAAAACUUCACCAAGAAAAUUCAAAUCCCGUGCGAUGUGGACCCGCUCACUGUGUUCGCCUCUCUGUCUCCGGAAGGGGUUCUCAUCAUUGAAGCCCGGCAGACCCCUCCAUACUACCUCUACAGCAACGAAAUGCCUGCAGAACCUAUGGAAGAGCCCGAGGCCAGACCUCAGGAACCCAGCAUGGCUUCAGCCUAAGCUAGGGAGUGAAUGGGGGCUUACAUGCUCAUGGUAUUUGUUCUAAGCCAGUGCCAAAAUCUAGUUUAAUCAGUUUCAUAAAUUUACUUAAACCAAAAGUCAUUAAUCUCUUAGUGAGUAGUCCAUAAAUCAAAUGUUACUCUACAUGGUACAUGGUAGGUUCAAAUACCAGUAGCUUUCAGUUACUACGUCAGUGAAGAAAAAUGAAUGUGAUAGAGCUACCAGUCAAGUGAAAAUUGAAAGGUAUGAUUUUCUGUAGUGAAGAGUCGACACUACACUUUAUUGGCAUCAGUGGUUCUAUGAAGAACUUUUCAAAUGCAGAAAAGGUUCUUUAUAGUCGAAAGUUUCUUUAGAAUUUUUAAAGUUCUUUAAAAUGGUUCUUUUAGGAACUGUUCAAUGAAAGGUUCUUUGGGGAUCCAAAAAUGGUUCUUCUAUUCCAUCACUGCAAAAACACCCUUUUGGAACCUUUAUUUUUAGAAGUGUAUGGCCAUAAACAUACUCUACGCAAGUACAUACAGUGCCUUCCAAUAAUAUUGGCACCUUUAGUAAGUACGAGCAAAGACAUCUGAGAAAAUAAAUCUGAAUUUAUUUAUCUUUUUAAUCUUGCAUUCAAAAAAUUCACAAAAUUCUAACCUUUCAUUGAAGUAUAACAAUUGAAAGUGGGGAGAAAAAUCAUUAGGAAGUAAAUGUUUUUCCAAUACAUGUUGGCCACAAUUAUUGGCACCCCUAGAAAUUCUUAUGAGUAUAAUAUCUCUGAAGUAUGUUCCCAUUCACAUUUACAGUUUUUUAGCACACCAGGGUGGCUAGGAGUAUGAAGUUGUCUAGCCAUGACUUCCUGUUCCACAGGAUUAUAAAUAUGAGGAACACAAAAGCCAAAUUCCCUUAAUCAUCCAUCACAAGGAGUAAAACCAAAAAAUAUUUUGAGCUUCACAAAAAAGAAAGUAGCUGUAAGAAAGUAGCGAAAGCAUUGAAAAUCCAUCAGGCCAAUGAUUAAUAUGUUUAAUCAACUAAAGAUGCCUGGAAAAGGAUGUGUGUCUAUAUUGUCCUAAUGCAUGGUGAGGAGGAGAGUUUGAGUGGUCAAAGACUCUCCAAGGAUCACAGCUAAAGAAUUGCAGAGAUUAGAUAAGUGUUGGAGUCAGAAAGCUUAAAAAAUAUCAAACAGCCCCUACAUCACCACAUGUUGUUUAGAAGGGUUUCAAGAAAAAUCCUCCUUGCUCAUUCAAAAACUGAACUGAAGAGAAGAAGCACCAACAUGGAGCAGGGAAUCUCAAGGAUCUGGAGAGAUUCUGUAUGAAGGAAUGGUCUCUGAUCUCAUGUCAGAUGUUCUCCAAACUCCAAAGGCAUUCAUAUCUUUGGAAAAAGACAUUGCAAUAAUUGGGUGCCAAUAAUUGCGGUCAAUGUGAACUAGAGAAACACAUUUAUUUCAUAAUGAGACUUUCCCUCCACUUUCCAUUGUUUUACAUCAAUAAAAGGCUAGAAUUUUCUACAUUUUUUAAUUAAAGAUCCAAAGGAUAAACAAUGCAGAUUUAAUUUCACAGCCAACUUGGCUCAUAUUUACCAAGGGUGCCAAUAUUAAUGGGCACUGUAGAUGGUUUAAAAUUGUAAUGGCAAGAGUCAAUCCUCAAGGGGGCGAUAGAGCUCCCUUCAAAUGUCUGCAAUUUAAAGGGAUAGCUCACCCAAAAAUGAAGUCAUCAUUUCUCACCCUCAUGUUGUUCCAAACCUGUAUGACUUUAUUUCUUCGGUGGAAUAUAUAUAUAUUUUUUCCAUAAGUGUGAACAGGAUCCAAAUUUGUAAAAAGCUCCUUCAAACAUUUUUAAAACAUUUUCUUGUGUUCUGUAGAAGGUCAGACAGGUUUUCAACUAACUAAACAUUUACCUAAUUUUCUAGCUUAAGUUCUAAGUUCUCCUUAAACUGUUGCUUCAUCAUGUUCUGAUUAAAUAAAAGACGACACUGGGAUCGCAAUGCAUGUUUGUGUUGCAAUAUAAAUUACUUUCAGACAUUUUAGACAUGAAAUCGAUCUUGCGUAGCUAAAGUUUGUGUUCACAUACUUGUGUAGAGUAUGUUUGGGACUUUUUGUCCCUCAUAUAAACCUUAACUCAUUUUGGCCCUGAGUUCAAAUGCAAGCGCUGUUUAGAUCAUCUGAAUAUUUAUCAUGUUGGACUAUUUAUAUGAAGGUCUUCUCUGAGAACUUGGCCUGAGCUCUUUCUCAAAGGCUGUUUAUUGUCUCUUUUUCUUAUUUGUGUGUGUUUCUUUCUUUAUGUGUAGGGAUGUAUGCUAUGCGUUUUUAUAAUAAAUGAAAUUGACGAAA